CUAGUAUUUCGUUCGCGUGAAGUGUGGCUGGUUGGUUGUUUGGUGUGAAGAAAAAGUGGUGGUGGAUGGAUGGAGAGCAAAAAGUGAGUUCAGUCGCCGCCGUGUUUAAAGCAAGGCCCUUCGGGUCAACACACUCCCCGAACUCCCAAAGUCACCAAGUCCAGUACCUCCUCGUCAGCCCAUCUGCAACUAGCUGAUCCCCCUUUUUUCUGCCGUCCAAAACCACUAAUUCAUCCCCUCCUCGCCCCCAAUAUUGCUGGACAACUUUCUUCACUUUCACUUUCACUGGUAUAAAAACACAAGUACAAGGGUUGGGUAUACGGACGUAUGGUGUUCAUCUGCAUUAAUUUUCUCUCCAAGAGCAAUAACCACCAACGGCGGAAAAUAGUUGCGGUAGCCAUAAACGAUGAGGGAAGGAGGUUAUUGACACAGCAAUUAAAGGAAGGUCAUUUCUAUCUCGGAGUGUGGGGAAAAAGUAGACACGAAAACGGGGGCCAUCGUUCAUAUUGGAGACGUAGGGGUGAAAUAGUGAGAGGGUGGUGGGUGUGGUGGUGUUUACAAUGGUUGUGUUCAAUGUGGGGGAUCUGGACAUCCAGUUUCCAUUCGUGCCCUAUGAUGUACAAAAAGAACUUAUGAAGAAGGUUGUGGAGUGUAUUACGAAGCAACAAAAUGGACUAUUGGAGUCGCCUACGGGAACGGGGAAAACGUUGUCCCUGCUUUGUGCUGCGAUAGCAUGGCAGAAAAAACAGGCUGGGAAUAGUAGAGAUUUUCUUAUCAAAGCCGCAAUGAAAGGGGUAAGAGCUCCGAGUUUUAAUCAUGGAGGAGGAUCAACGAUGGACACGGGUGGUGGAGGAAUCGCUACUGAGUCAACUUUCUAUGUGCCAAAAAUUAUCUAUGCAUCUCGAACCCAUGCUCAAUUGUCGCAAGCAGCAAAGGAGUUGAAGCGGUCAUUUUACUCAACGACAAAGACUGUUGUACUUGGAUCGAGAGAUGUGAUGUGUAUACAUGACGGCGUAUCUAGACUGAGCACGUCAUCUGCGAAAAUUAUGGGAUGCCAUGUUCAAGUAAAGUCCAGAACUUGUCACUACUACAAUAACGUUAGCUCAAAAAAGGAGGAAAUCAGCACCGUUGUGAUGGAUAAGCCGGUCAUGGACAUUGAAGAUCUUGUGGGUACGGGGAAACGGAAUAGAAUGUGCCCAUUUUUCAUGUCGAGAGAAUUAGUUAAGGACGCUAGUGUGAUUUUUAUGCCAUAUAAUUAUCUGAUGGAUCCCAAGCUGCGAUCGUCCCAUGGAGUUGAUUUAAAGAAUUGCAUUAUUAUUCUUGACGAAGGACACAAUAUUGCAAAGAAUUGUGAAGAGUCUGUUUCUUUUGAGAUUAAGAGUUCCAGUAUUACAAAAUGCAUCCAAGAAGUUACGCAAACCAUGAAUGAAUUCAAUGAGAUUACGCAACAAGUCGGCAGCCAGUCCAACUCUUUGAUGCAAGAUAUCGAUAUUGGCUCACUUGUUACUUUGAAACAGUCAUUUUUGCAGUUGGAAGGGGCUCUCGAAUGUUUUAAAAUAACGGAUUCUGCUGGAAGUUUCAUCCCAGCUAACGAAAUUUUAUAUGCAAUUUUUCAAAAUGGAUUUCCGCCUUCAACGUUCCCAAAAGUUAUUAACGAGCUUGAUGCUAUAUCGUCGUUUCAAGCAAUGACGCAUCGGGAUUCUUCUGGGUGUGAUACGUUUGCUUCCAUGCUCCGAAUUCUGUCGUCCCAAGCUGUGUUCUUAAACCCGACUGCGUUCGCUGAUUCAUUUAAGAUAUUUGUAACCGAAGAAAAGCGACAUGCAGGCUCUCUUAGAAUUUCAAAUAAUGUGGCUUCCGUUGGAAAUGUUCCUAAAACAUUUCAUUUCUGGUGCUUUAAUCCCGCCAUUGGACUAGAAAUGAUGCUGCAAUACGGUCCCAGAUGUAUCAUUCUCGCUAGUGGCACUUUGUCUCCAUUGACAUUCCUUGAAUCUGAAUUGCGAGCCCCGUUUCCUGUUAAAUUAUCAAAUCCUCACAUCAUCGGAGAUAGUCAGUUAUUUGCCACUAUUGUUAAGACUGGAGCAGCUCCUAAAAAUGCAAAACUAACAUCUGCUUUCAAUAAUCGAUCAAAUCCGGACUAUUUGGGGGCCUUAGGAGAGGUGAUUGUGUCCACGUGCAGCGUUGUGCCAAAAGGGGUUUUAGUAUUUUUCCCAUCCUACAGUCUGAUGGAUAUUUGCGUUAACUCUUGGAAAACUUCGGGAAUAUUGGACAAAAUUGCUCGAUACAAGGUCGUGUACGUGGAACCCAAAGGGAAAUUCGAAUUUAACCAAGUCAUGACAUCUUACUAUCAGUCUGUAAAAACUUCAAGUGGUGGUUGUUUAAUGGCCGUUUGCAGGGGAAAGGUUUCGGAAGGCUUAGAUUUUUCGGAUGAUAACGGACGUGCCGUAAUCAUCACUGGAAUUCCUUACGCCCCAUUUCAAGAUCCACAUGUUCAAGCAAAGAAAGCUUAUCUAGAUAGCAAAUCUAAAACCAAUGGUAUAUCUGGAUCUAAUUGGUAUCAACUUGAGGCAGUUCGUGCCCUCAAUCAAGCUAUUGGACGAAUCAUUCGCCAUGCACAAGAUUUCGGAGCAGUUCUCCUUUGUGAUGAGCGAUUUGAUUAUCCAGUUGUGCUGAAUAACUUAUCUCCUUGGUUAGAAAAGAGACUCAAGAGAUGUUCAAGUUUUUCAGACGUGUUGACUGGGUUGUCGCAAUUUUUCAAAACACCAUCCAAGAGUGCCGUUAGUUCAUAUCAAGUUGCAUCAACGGCCGGACAUUUUCAAUCAUCCACCUCAUCAACGAGAUCCAUAAAAGCUAAAAGUUCUGACUACUCUGGGUCUGGAAUUAUAUCCAGGUUUCAAGAUAUCGAUAUGGAGAGCGAUAUAUCUUCAAUGUAUGCGCAAAUUCAAUCCUCCAACAAUUCCAAGGAUCCGACCAGCAGCAUGGAUCUAUUCUCAAAACUAGAUUCUCUCAUGAUUCGCCCAGCCAUAGACUAUGUCAAAGACGGAAAAUCAGACUCAAACCGAGAUAUUCUCAGCAGUAGCAAUUCUGUCACUGUCAGAAGGACAGGUUCUCAGGGUGGUGCAAAACGCCUCAGUGAUGGGAAACCUUGGACAGACUUGAAACCAAAGCGAAUUAAAAUGGAGGUGCACAAGGUUCAGCCAUACCUGUUUUCGACUCAAUUAGAACCUUCGGCACCUUGUAGUAGCACAAGUGGAUCUGUGAUGUCAAUGGAUAUCGAUAAUGAGUCCCCUUCCGCCGAGGACCCUCCAGUUUUUAUGUCGGCUAAAGGAUUUUCUACUUGGUUAAAAAAUGAUCUCAGUCCUCCAAAAUAUGCUAGAUUUGUAGAAAUCUUGAAAGAGUUCAAGUUUAACAGAAAUGUGGAAAAGCUUGGUGAGGAGCUUAAGAAACUCUUUGUGGGAGAAAAAUUCUACACAUGCCUUGAAGGUCUGAAAUUUGUAAUGCACGACUCCACUUGCUCGCAUCUGCUGCUUCAACUGCAUAGGAAAGAUGGUUUCGCAAAUAAAAAAUAGUGUUAAAAUAAUGUGAUAUAUAUGUAUUAGUUCCGUUAUACUUAGGUAGAAGCCAUACGCAAUCCACACAUACGUAUACCUUUUAUAGUCAAAUGCCUUAUUUCUCGAUUUAUAAAGAUUAUUAUACAUAAG